AUGCCAGUCAUAAAUAAAGAAGGAUCAAUUAAUGUAGGGACAAACAUUGACACAUAUAAAAGAAAAUACGAACUGAAAGAAGAAAGACGCGUAGGUGAAGAUGAAAAUGAAAAUGAAAACGACUCUGAUAAUGAAGAUGAGCAAGACACGUAUGUUUUCGGUGUUAAGGAUUUUGCUAAGGUUCAUAAAAGUGUCCCUUCUCUUUUAUCGGCUCAAACACCGCUAAGCAAAGACUGCGAGAUCCAACUUUUGAAGGGCUUAGAUCUCUCCAGUGCUAAAUUAAACCCAGAAGAAGAAAAACUUCUGAGGGAAUUAAUACUCAAAUACUCCGAUCUAUUUGCGUCAAAACCCGGCCGUACAAAUAUUACGAAGCAUCAUAUAGAUGUUGGAGACGCUCGCCCUAUAAAGCUGCCUCCUUAUCGGAUUUUGCCUCCAAAAAGAGAUUAUAUCACUCAAGAGCUAGUUCAUAUGAAAGAACAAAAUAUCAUUGAACCUGCUACUGGACCUUGGGUAGCUCCGGUGACAUUACAGCCGAAAAGAGACGGAACCAUGCGCUUCUGUAUUGACUACCGUCGGUUGAACGAGGUCACCGUUCGAGAUGUUUACCCCUUACCUAGGAUAGAUGAUACUCUCGAUGCUCUGUAUGAUGCCAAAUAUUUUAGUACAUUAGAUUUACGUUCAGGUUUUUGGCAAGUAGAGCUCGAUGAGGAAAGUAAAGAAAAAACGGCAUUCGUGACACAUGAUGGCUUAGUUCAAUUCACCGUGAUGCCGUUUGGUUUAACUAAUGCACCGGCUACAUUUCAACGCCUUAUGGACGUUAUUUUGUCCGGCUUAAAAUGGCGCUGUUGCUUAGUAUACCUAGAUGAUGUCAUCAUCUUCUCUUCUACUUUUGAUCAACAUCUCAAAGACAUAAACGAUGUUUUAGGACGAUUGCGUCAAAGCAAUCUAACUCUUAAAGCAUCUAAGUGUCAUUUUUGCCACAGAGAGCUCAAAUAUUUAGGACACAUAGUUAGUGCCCAGGGUAUAAGGCCUGAUCCAGAAAAACUAAAAGCUGUGCGUGAUUUUCCUGUUCCGUACAAAGCUAAAGGUGUCCGCUCAUUUCUUGGAUUAACCGGUUAUUAUCGUCGGUUUAUCCAAAACUAUGCCACUAUAGCUGAGCCUCUGUUGCAAUUAAUUCGUGUUAAGCGUUCACCCGUUUUCGUCUGGAUACCAGAAUGCCAGGAUUCUUUCGAUGAGUUAAAACAAAACCUCAUAACUAGUCCGAUAAUCUCGUAUUCAGACUUCAAUCAUCCAUUUAUAUUACAACUGGAUGCGUCCGAUUAUGGAUUAGGAGCCGUGUUAGCUCAGAAAGGUUCACCCGAUGGAGAGGAACAUGUAAUUGCUUACGCUAGCCGCACGUUAAACGAAUCGGAACGUAAAUAUUCCGCUACGGAACGUGAGUGUUUGGCAAUUGUUUGGGGGACUCAACACUUUCGUCCAUAUUUGGAAGGAAGGUCGUUUGAAGUCUGGACGGACCAUCGAUCUCUAACAUGGCUCAGAAGGUUAAAGGAUCCAACUAGUCGACGCUGGGGUAUGAAAUUAGACGCGUUUGAUAUGAUAGUAAAGCAUCGCUCAGGAGCGGCAAAUCAAAACGCGGAUGCUUUAUCUAGAUAUCCAACAGAAGUCGUCUCACCGCUUCAGAUGGAAAAUACGAACGCUAAACACGAACUAAAUAAAAAUGGUUCCACAGAACAAGAGGUAGAUAUAAAUGUUUGGAAUAGCUGUAAUGUCCUUGAUGAUAUAAAACAAGCGCAGCGGACGGAUAGAGAACUCCAACCUCUAAUUGAUUAUUUGCAUGAUGGAAUAUUACCAUCAGAUGAAAAUAUUUCAAAGAGAAUGCGUGGAAUCGCGAAGUAUUAUAAAUUAAUUGAUGGUAGACUCUAUGGUCUACGACGAUUUGAUGAGAAACAUUCAGAUCGAUUUAAUUAUAACCAGCAUUUACUAGUCAUUCCAAAAUCAAAAAUUCAGAAUUUAUUGUACUUCGCACAUGAUCACGCAGUUUCAGGGCAUUUCGGUAAGAGAAAAACUCUACAUCGGUUGUAUUCCCGCUUUCAUUGGCAGGGAAUGCGAAAGGAUGUAGAAAACUAUAUUCAUAGUUGUGAUACAUGCCAGCGUUGUAAAGCUACAACUCAAAAGCUCGCUGGAAAGAUGAUCUCGAACGUAGUGCAUGAGCCGUGGUAUACUAUUGGCAUAGAUAUCACUGGUCCAUUACCUCGAACAAAAAGAGGUAAUGAAUACAUUUUAGUAGUCGUAGACUAUUUCACAAAAUGGGUGGAAUUAUUUCCAUCGCCAAAUACGCGUUCAAUCAGUAUCGCACAAAUACUCCAUGAUGAAGUUAUUCGCCGUUUUGGAUGCCCAGUUAAGAUCAUCUCAGAUAAUGGAUCACAAUUUGUUUCAGAAAUAUUUGAAGAAACCUUACGUCUUCUUCAAAUAGAACACCGCCGAACGGCUCUCUAUCAUCCGCAAACGAAAUCUAUCAGAGCGGAUUAA